AUUCGACAACCAGAUGGCACAAGUCAGAUUGUUUCGUUGCAAGAACUUCAAGGUAUACUUUCCGAACGCUUUUCUGACGAUUUCGUCCCGACAUACUUCAAGGGCGUCCGGUCCAGCACCGCCUCCGUCAAGCCGACCCUGUAGCUUUCAAAAACGACAUUCGCUCUUACAUGUUCGACCGGUCAGAUGAAACACUAUUGGAUCAAGCAAAAAUGGAUAGGCUAGAGUCACUCUGGAGUCACGUGCAACGCAUUCACGCAAGGGCGAAGCGAUGCAACGAUAAUAAUAAAGACGAAAAUGCUUGGGCAAGAGUGGUUUGGGACGCUCUGGAAGCGGUAGUCGAAGAGGGUGACAUGACUUGCCUAGAAAUUAACAGCGUCCAGUCUCAAAAUAUACAUUCCGAUUUCCUAUCCAUAGGCACUUCUGGGCUGACUGUAUCCAAGAAGGCGGACUUUGUGCUUGCAUUUAACGAAGACGACGAUGACGACGUUCGCAGAGUCUAUAAGAAUUUCAGAUCCAUUAAUGCGGGUGCCACACUCAGCCCAAUGACAGACGCAUACACCUCUGGGGUUACUCUUGCAUGUGCCAUAGAGCUAAAGGAGGCUGGGGGAAAAGCCACAGAGGCCGAAAUGCUGCUUGCGGUCUACCAUGCAGCUAUGCUGUGGAAAAUUCGGGAGCUGAUCAAUAUGAGACGAAGAACGCCUAUGAACGAGGAGGAAGUUGAGAAGCUGGUGCCAUCAGUGGUAGGAUGGACUGUCAUCGGACACAAGUGGUCAUUGUACAUUUCCAGUUUAUUGCCUGACAACAGUAUUGUACGUCAUAACUCCUCUUUCGAAUGUCUUUGUUUUUCACUGAUGUUUUAUUCGUUAGAUGUGCCAGGGACCUUUCGAUGGGUUGCAGGCCAGUACUUCCACCCGUCACGGCAUACUCCUCCUUCUUGACUUGUUAAAACGUGUGGCUGUGAUGGCUUCCAGUAAGCUAUGGCCAACAAUGCGAGAGAUACUUGACGGAGAAGAGAUUAGAGGUUGGAGACAUCAUUUUGGGAAGGUAAACGAUAGUGAGAUGUGAAUUGAAAACUAAGAUACGAACUUUUCCAUGCGCCACCACGGUAGUCAUUUUGACGUCCGCCCUACCCAGACUCUGGUUCCACCUCACCCAUACAGUCGCUUGCAAAACCGGCUUCCCCUCCCAGCGCGCCGCAAGAUUCUCUCCAAGCCACUUUUGGCGGUCGCCUUACUAAACUAAGCUAAGCGACAAACAAGGGUGCUGUCACUUCAUGGAGUGGCGAUCUUAUAAGCUGCGCCACAUGUGGCUUUGCUCUCUUAUAAUUUACACUUCACACUCUGCACUCCCA